AUGAAGAAGACAUGGUGGCUUUGUGUUUGUGGACUGGUCAUUGCCAUUUUACUUCCUGUUAGCCAGCAAAUGGUCCUGAAAGAUUCAAGUAAUGAUGAGUCAAGGUGGAAAUCUUAUGAAACAGAGAGCGCCCGUAGCUUUUCCUCCAACGUUAAGCGACAUUCUGAAGGUACCUUUACCAGUGAUUUUACCCGGUAUCUGGACAAGAUGAAAGCCAAAGAUUUUGUGCACUGGCUCAUCAAUACCAAACGCUACAGCUCUACAAAAAGAUUCAUUAAAGAAAAGCCCAACAUCCUAAGUUUCCUGCCUGACUUCUGCGCCCCCUCUGGCAUCCCACGCCCUGAGGCCACCGUCUACCUGGCCUCAAUGGGUGCACCAGCCCUGACUCCUGCCAAACCACCACGGCUACCAGAAUGGGAAAUAGUUCUAAGAAUGUAA